UACAAGGUCAGGGUACAGAACAGUAGCCAUGGCAACACUCCCAGGUGUAAACACGGUUCCCAGGAGUGAGGCGACAAACGAGAUUCUUCUGCGCAUGCCCACAAAUUCUCAUAGACGGAAUCCUAAUAUUUCUGAUCAAAUCUGUCCAGCAACAAGAACUUUCACUCCACCAAUCAUCGCAGCUAGAGCACCGCAGCCAAUCACAAGGGGCCUAUUGUCCUCUGUAACCAAUCAGGCCCCUCAUGUCUCCUUCGUCCAAUCACAGCUCUAGACAAUUCGGGCGGUCUUUUCAAACUCGUACUGACAGGAGGCGGAGGCAGGGAUUUUUAAAACCCAGUGACGUAGAAGGCUACUUUAUGUAUACAUCCGCAGAACUACAUCUUCUGUUUUAUCCGUCAAACCCGCGGUUUUCUGCCAUCCUCCAUAUUCGUUCUUAUGUUUUACUUCAUUUGGUCAUUAUUUCCCCUAAGCGAAGAAGAAGCAGUUCACAAAACUCCUUGCGGUUUCUUGGGACUAUUUUUCUGUCAGACCGUGGUCUUUGUGUUGAUUUCUGAAGGAAAUUCCUCCGCGCCGUGACGUCUGAGGCUCCAGGGCGUUGAAGGACCAGAAACAAAAACAAGGAGAAGGGACAAGAAGCAGGAGGAGGAUAGCGGAGAUCCUGGAUUAUUACCAAUAUUUAUCAUGACAGCAAUGUCUGGAUGCGGGGGCUACUGAUGUGCUCUGGACAUUUGCGAUAACAUUCGGGAUUACAAUGUCGCGACUGUGAGGUGACAGGAUUCCACACCGCUCCCUGUAUGACACCGCGGACACUCUGUGCAGAUCCAAGAUGAAGGAUUUGGCAGUCAUGGAUAACACCAGCAACGAGGCCUUCAAGCUCCUUAAGCAGCUCCGUAUACACCUGGAGCAGGAGAACAAGUACCAGCCCAGGGAGAAGGGCUUGAUCCUCAUAGAGGCCACUGCAGAGAAUGACAAUACAAUCUGUCCUAAAUCCAGAAAUGCAAAAGUAGAAGAUUUAUGGAGUCUAACAAACUUCUUUGGCUUAAGUAUGGAGACCUUUGUUUUGGCUGUGAACCUCUUGGAUCGGUUUCUGGCCAUUAUGAAGGUGAAGCCAAAACACCUCUCUUGUAUUGGUGUGUGCUGCUUUCAAUUGGCAGCACGAGUUGUGGAAGAAGACUGCAACGUCCCAUCCGUCCAUGAUGUGAUCCGCAUCAGCCAAUGUAAAUGCACUGUGUCCGACAUAAAACGGAUGGAGAAAAUCAUUUCAGAAAAAUUGCACUUUGAAUUCAAAGCAACCACUGCCUUAACCUUCUUGCACUUAUAUCACACAAUAGUUCUCUGCCAUUCCUCUGAGAGGAAAGAAGUAUUGAGCCUUGAGAAACUGGAAGCACAGCUGAAAGCUUGCAACUGCCGGCUUAUUUUCUCCAAAGCAAAACCCUCAGUGUUAGCCUUGUGCCUUCUUACGCUCGAAGUAGAAACCUUGAAGUCUUUAGAACUAUUUGAGAUAGCUCUUCGUGUGCAAAAACAUUCAAAGGUAAAUGACACAGACAUGCUUUAUUGGCGGGAGCUGGUAUCAAAAUGCCUAGCAGAUUAUUCCUCCCCCGAAUGCUGCAAACCUGACCACAAGAAGCUUGUAUGGAUUGUGUCAAGACGCACAGCACAGAACCUCCAUAAUAGUUACUAUAGUGUUCCAGAGCUGCCAACUAUUCCAGAGUAUGAUUAUAUGAAUGAGAGUGAGAGUGAUGAUUCAUGUGAAGACAUGAGCAGUGGAGAAGACAGCCUGAGCAGCUCCCCUCCAAGUGACCUUGAGGCGUCUUUCUCUUUUGAUGACUACAAGCCAAAACUGAAAUGCCGUAGUCGUCACCUUUACCCUUUGUAGCAAAGGAUAAUAUUAUUUGUAUGCAUGUAAUGCCAUUGUACUACAAUAUGAAGUGGUUAGAACAUGAGAUUGUUUCACAAGUUGAUUAGUUUUUAUUUGCGUACACAAGUUUGUCAAUGUUUUAGAAUGCCAACAAAAACAAUAUUUGUAUACCCCCUAUUUUGUAUUUUCAGUUUCUCUUUCUCGAUCUUCCCAGGAUCAGUUUAGUUUUAUUUUUUCAAUACUUUUCCCUUUUUAAAGACUGAACAUGGAGCAAUUUGGUCUGCUUCUCUUCCUGUUUUUUUUCCUCUUCUACAUUCCAUAUUUUAAUUACCUAUAUUCAGUAUAUUAUAUUGUUUUAAGCUAGGAAGCUGUUAAGGUCCCCAUAACCUGUGUUUUGUUUUCUACCUACAAGUUGAUAUUUUUGCAUUUGUAAAGCCUUUCCACCAGUCUAUAAUGCCCAAUGACAUUGCUUAUAGGGAAGUGGGGCAUGUUAUUGUUCACUCUAUAAUGGACUUCCACAGUUUUUUUCCCAGAGAUCCCUUGUAGAGAUGAGCGAACUUACAGUAAAUUUGAUUCGUCACGAACUUCUCGGCUCGGCAGUUGAAAGUACACACCUGAAAAAUAAUAGGGAGUUAAAUUCUAUCCGACUGGUUAUAUCUCUCAAGGCUUAAAGUGAGAAAAUCAGGUUGAAAGUAGUCUUAAUUGGUGGGCAGCAUAGGAGGAGCUCAAGAGAUUGAUGUAUGUUUCUUUAAUUUUUUUUUUUGUAAAAAGUUGUGCUUAGGAGUCCAGUAGGUGGUCCUACUAAGUGAUUUGACUGCUCUCUUAUUGUGCAUGUUGACAGCUGUGGAAUCACUGGUUAGGACUUUGUUGGACUCCCCCGAAUGAGCAGAAUAAAUGACAAGUUUUACUGGAUCUUUUCCCACAAAGAUUUAGAUCAAUCUGCUCAGCUCUCCUUACCCUAUAACAUGAUACAGGUAGAUUGGACUGCAUUUUCAUGGUAAAGGGUUCCCUUUCAGUCUAGCAUUAACAGCAUAAGUGUAGCUAUUGUACUUAGCCUAAUGAACUAUUAGAUGACUAUUACAAUGGAGUCUAAUAUUUAUAUUACCUGUGGUAUGGAAACAGGUACUAAGUGUCACCUAUACAGUAUCCUUUAGUACCGAAGAUCUUGCACACAAAGCAUAGUUGCACAAUAUGUAUAUGAGGGACUCGGAUGCUUUAAAGCUCUUUCAUUAUUCACUUGCAUGCUUUUUAUUGUGAAUGUAGUGUUUGGUCGUGCUAGUUUACACCAAGAGUAAAAUGUUUUACACAUGGUGAAUUUGGUUAGUCAAUACAAUAUCCUAUUUGGCAACAUAUCAAAACAAGGUAAUUUUGAGCAAAGAAAAUAUACACAAUGAAAUAGCAUGUUGAGAGGCUUUACAAUGCAAUACUAAGAAUAUCCUCCUCACCAGUGGUUAUGAUUUGCUGUCUUGUUGCCAAACUAAUGGGUGCCUCUUUGUUUUCAGUCCAUAGAGAUGAUUUAUGAGUAAUGUUACUUAAAAAAACGGUUCGUAUAUAUAGUUAAGAAGAAAAACAAAUGAAACAAUACUUGUGUUCUGUAUAUUUGGCUAAAAAUGUGAAUUGUGAACAUGUUAGAUUUUUCCAUGUAUGUUCACGUAGGUGUGUGUGUGUGUGAAAGUACAAAUGUGAAUGGUGCUGUAUAUUAAAAUUUUCGUGCAAAAACAAAUGUACAGAAAAAAUGUAAAUUAAAAAAUGUACAGAAAAAAAAUGUAAAAAUCUAAAACAGAAAAAACUGUUAUUUUUGUACAUGUAUGUAGCAUUUUGUUAAACAGCAUGUAGAUAUUUAAUUUAUUCCAUAUGGCAUAUAUUGUUAGACUGGCCUGUUUUUUUCUACAGCAGUCUUAACCAAUAAAACGAAAUACUUUUACAAA